UCCGUCAGAAACUGCUGCUGCACAGCACGGUCCGCAGUCAAACGCACCCCGACACCGACAACACCACACGAACACAAACAUGGACCUGCACCGGACAACUUUACUCAACCAAAUGGAUUACAACCGAGAUUCUAAAGACGAGAAGGCGGCGCAGUCGACAGAGGAGCGGCUCGACAGCGGCCUGGACUCCCUGAAGGAGGAGGAGUACCAGGCUGUGGCGGACGAGAUCCGCCAGCUCCACUUGAGCCUCGAGCCGCCGAAUCACCAACAUCCACCCGCUGCAGUCGAGGAGCAGCCGGAGUGGAAAACACAGACCACGGAGGACGGAGACACACUACUUCAUCUGGCCGUCAUCCAUGAAGCCAAAGAUUACAUCAGAUCUAUGGUUGAUGUGUCCAGGAACACAGACUUCCUGGACAGACAGAAUGACCUGAGACAGACUGCUCUCCACUUAGCGGUAAUAACGAACCAGGCUGACGUGUGUCAGCACCUGCUGGCGUCCGGCUGCGACCCCACGAUGGUGGACAACAGGGGGGACACGCCUCUUCACAUCGCCUGUCGUCAUGGCAACCUGCUGUGCUUCAGCGUCCUCACGCAGUACUCUCGCACUCAGCACCUACACACGGCGAUGGCGGCAUACAACUACGAUGGUCAGAACUGCCUCCAUCUCGCCUCAGUUCAUGGUUUCCUGUCACUGGUGGAGAACAUGGUUGAGCUUGGAGCUGACAUCAACUCAAAGGAGCAGCAUAAUGGCCGCAGUGCACUGCACCUGGCUGUGGAUCAGCAGAACCUCUCGCUGGUCCAACUGCUGCUGAAAAAGGGAGCGGACGCCAACCUCCUGACCUCGGGAGGCCACUCCCCCUACCACCUCACCUACGGCUACAGCAGCUUUGACAUCAGGCAGGAGCUGUACUCGCGGACCAACCCUGCACUGAGGGAUCUACCUGACAGUGAAUCAGACGACAGCGAGGAAGAGGAGGACGACAAGUCUGACGAGGAGGUGGGUUAUGAUGACAUUCACUGGAAUGGACAUUAGCAGGAAACGAGAGACGCGGGGGAAGUUACAGAGGAACGAGGCUGUGAUGAUGGCAGUGAAGGACUGAAGGAAUGGCUCGGCUCGUCUGCUGCCCUCUGGAACGAUGUCACGGCAGCCCGGUGGCGGCGUGGGUGACGCGGAGCGGGCGUUAAACCGCUGACAAAAAAAAAAGGACAGACGGGCAGCUGCAAAAGGGCAAAGAUGGAGACCGGUGGCCAAAGAAACCCUGCGAGGACUGCAGGCUGCAGGAGAGCAAACGGCAAGGUGUGAACUGACACUUUAGCGCGUGACGGCUUUGCGACACGAUGAGAGGAUGGCUUGUGUUCUGCGAACAUUGUUAUCACAAACGACAGCAACCACACAGAUGAACCGUGCAACAGCUCUGUUGUGUGAUAUUGUAAAUGCUGUGUAUACUGAGAUGUAUUUUUUAUGGAAUCUGUGAAUCUGUACAGUUUGAGUAGGUUGUAAAUGUCAGACAGCAAACAGCGCAGCAAACUCCAGUUAAAUUAAAAGACGCAUAUUUAACAGA